AUGGCUGAAAUCGUUAGCGCCGUCAUCACUUUGCUCUGCGAGAAGCUCAUCUCUGAAGACUUGAUUAAGCUGGCUCGAUCUGAAGGAAUCGACACUCAGCUGAAGAAAUUGAAGAAAGCCUUGCCCCUGAUCGAAUCUGUGCUUGUUGAUGCAUGCAAUAAGCAGAUAACAAACAGAUCUAUUCAGUUGUGGGUGAACACACUCCAUGAUUUGGCUUACGAUAUAGACGACUUACUCGAUGAUUUGGCCACCGAAGCUAUGCGAAGCAAGUUGAAUCAAGAAUCUCAUGCUACCACCAGCACUAGUAAGGUUUUGAAGUUAUUCCCAACUUUUACUAAAUUUUCUCCCCGCAGUCGGAUGAGUUCUAAGCUAGACGAGAUCACCACCAAGUUGGAUUCUCUGGUCGAAGGGGAAACUAAUUUGGGUUUGAAUGUAUAUCUUGAAGAGUCGAAUAGAACAGAGAAAAGGUUCGAGGAAGUUAAUAAUUGGUCCAUAGAAGAGUCAUUAAUAAUCGGUCGGGCAGGGGAUAAAAAGGCAUUGAUGAGGAAGUUGUUACAGAGUGUUGAAAAUGUGAGCAUUGUGUCCAUAGUUGGUAAGGGUGGGAUAGGGAAAACCACUCUUGCGAAAGUUUUGUACAACGAGGAGAAACUGAAGAAUCACUUUGAGCUUAGAGCAUGGGUUUGCGUUACUGAGAAAUGCAAUGUAGUAGUAUUUAAUAUCAGCAAGUCCGAUUUGGAAGCUGUAAGUGGGGAGGCCAAACGAUUUUCCAAUCUUGAUCAGCUUCAUGUUGCCCUCAAAGAAAAACUCUCAAACAAGAGGUUCCUACUUGUUCUUGAUGAUGUAUGGAAUGAAGACCAUAGUAAGUGGGAACUUCUUCAAAACCUGCUUCUUGUAGGUGCACCUGGAAGUAAAGUUAUUGUCACAACCCGAAUUACCUCGGUGGUGGGCUCUAAUGAAAAUUACCAUUUGGAGGUUUUGUCAAAUGAAGAUGCUCUGUCUUUAUUUGCUCAACAUACGUUGGGUGAAAAAAACUUUGACAAUCAUCCAACACUUAAGUUGCUUGCUGAGGGUAUGAUUCAGAAAUGUGGUAGAUUGCCUUUGGCUUUGAAAGCACUUGGGAGGGUUUUGAAGGGAAAUAGGAAUGGUGAUGAGUGGGAGAAGUUGUUGAAGAGUGAGAUAUGGGAUAUAGAGGAUGGAAGUGAGAUUCUUCCAGCUCUAAGACUAAGCUACAAUCAUCUCCCUCAGCAUUUGAAGCAGUUGUUUGCAUACUGCUCCUUAUUUCCUAGGGGCUAUGUGUUUGACAAGAAAAAGUUAGUCCUACUGUGGAUGGCGGAAGGCUUUUUGUCCCAAUCAAUAUUCUACAAGACCCAAGAGAGAUUGGGUAAUCAGUAUUUUGAAGAGCUAAAGUCAAGAUCGUUUUUUCAAUAUUCAACAAAUGACGAAUUAGGACUUACAAUGCAUGACCUGAUAAGUGACUUGGCUACAAGUGUUGCAGGAGAGUUUUUCUUUAGAUCCGAUGAUGAGAUGGAUGUAUCUAACACAAAUGAAACAUUUGAGAAGUUACGCCACUUUUCACUUAUAUCUCCACAAGCCGAAUCAUAUAAAAAGCUGAAGGAAUUACAAAGAUCCAGACGCUUGCGGACUUUCUUACUAAUGUCAUCUGGUUGGAAAAGUAAUGACUUAUUGGACAAUUUUCUUGUUGAAUUACUUCCUGACCUACAGUUCCUAAGGGUGCUCAGCCUAAGUAGUAGGAAUAUCACAAAGAUACCUCAAUCCAUUGGUAAUCUCAAGCAUUUGCGGUACCUCAAUUUUUCUAAUACUAGAAUCACAUGCUUACCUGAACAAGUGAGUGAACUUUAUAAUCUACAAAGCUUGUUGGUUAGUGGUUGUUAUGUUUUAUCAGCCUUGCCUAAAAGUUUUGCUAAGUUAAUAAACCUGCGACAUCUUGACAUAAGCCGUACUCCAAAGUUGAACAAGACGCCCUUAGGGAUUGGUAGUUUGACGGGCCUACAAACUCUACCAAAGGUUGUUAUUGAUCGAGAUAACGGCUUCAAAAUAUCCGACCUUAAGGACUUACGGAAUCUUCAAGGCCAACUUUCUAUUAUGGGGCUGGACAAGGUGAAAAAUCGUUGGCAAGCAAAGGAUGCCAACUUACAUGAAAAGGAGGGUCUUGAUGUUUUGGAUAUGGAAUGGAGUGAUGUGUUUGAUGAUUAUCGGAAUGAGAUAAUUAUAUAUGAAAUACUUGAAGGGCUAAGACCUCAUCAUAAGUUGAGAACCCUGAAGAUUUUUUUCUACAAGGGAAUGAGAUUUCCUAGUUGGGUCGGAGAUCCCUCAUUUGACCAGUUAACUGAGAUUACAUUAUGUGGUUGUAGAAGUAUAGAAUUACCAACACUUGGACAUCUACCUUCACUUGGGAAAUUGUUUGUUAAAAGGAUGAAUAAGUUGGAGACUGUGCAUUUGGAGUUACUUGCAACUACUGAUUUAUUUCCAUCACUUAAAAUUUUGAAAUUUGAUGAUAUGCAAUCAUGGAAGGGAUGCUUCAUUAGUGUUGGCAAUGACGAUGGAACUAUAAGACAGUUUCCUUGUCUGCGUGAAUUAUCUAUAAAACGUUGUCCGAGACUAGCACACGUGUCAAUUGGAUUGAUACCAUCACUACGUGUUUUACAUGUAGAAGGAUGUUCCGAACAAGUGUUGAGAAGCAUUGUUGGUGCCACUUCAUCACUCAUCGCAUUGAAAAUGUUGAAUGUUAAAGGACUUGCUCAACUUGAUGAAAAAGAUUUAAUGCGUCUUGGGGUCGUUGAAGAUUUGUAUAUUGAUAGAUGUGAUGAAUUGAGAUACUUAUGGGAACCAGAAACUGAGGCAUACAAGGUUCUUAGGAGUUUAAAGAAGUUGGAGGUACGUAAUUGUGACACAUUAGAGAGUCUCAUUUGUCCAAAUCAUGUGGAGAGGUUAGUAAUAAGUUGUUGUCGUAAAAUGACAUCUUUGACCUUCUCACCAUUGGUUCAACUCCUAUCCUCAAUCUCAAUCAGUGAUUGUGAUAACAUAGAACCCAUUCCAGAGAGAGGUUUUGUUAUUCUUUCCAUGUCUUCCCUAAGAUCUCUUGACAUCCAUGGUUGUGAGAAUCUAACAUCAUUUCCUCAUGAGCAUUUGCAAAGUCUCACAUCUUUGGAAGAUCUGUUUAUACGUGAUUGUCCAAGUAUGGACAACUCCUUUUCUUGUGGCUUGUGGCCUCCUAAUUUACGUAGCCUUGGUAUCGGAUACUUAAAUAAGCCCAUGUCUGAGUGGGGCCCACUGAAUUUUCCAACCUCGCUCGUGCAACUACUCUUAUAUGGAGAAAAUUCAGGAGUCGUUUCAUUUGCAGUGGCAGAACAUGCGAACAAUACUAGUACAUCAUGUUUUCUUCUUCCACCAUCUUUAGCUUCUCUAGGACUAAAUGGUUUUAUGGAUGUGGAAUCACUUUCAGAUGUUUUACAACACCUGCCCGGCCUUAAAACUCUUCAUAUUUGGUCAUGCCCGAAACUUAGAGAUCUGCCCGAGACGACUUCAUCUUUGACAGUAAAAGUGUGGCUGUAG